GUGCUGCUGCUGAGGAGGUGGAUCGCAGGUGGAGUGUGUCGCUGUUCGGUGCGUCUGGAUGGAAAGACGGUUCUGAUCACCGGAGCAAACACCGGCAUCGGCAAAGAGACCGGCAGGGACCUGGCACGCAGAGGGGCCCGGGUGGUGAUGGCGUGCAGGGACCUGACCCGGGCAGAGCAGGCGGCUGAGGAGAUCCGGCGGUCGACAGGAAAUGGUAACGUGGUGAUCAGACACCUGGACCUCGCCUCCGUUUACUCUGUGAGACAGUUUGCUAAAGACUUCCUGGACAGUGAAGACAGACUGGACAUCCUGAUCAACAACGCAGGAGUGAUGAUGUGUCCAAGAUGGCUGACAGAGGACGGUUUUGAGACUCAGCUAGCUGUCAAUCACUUGGGUCACUUUCUGCUGACCAAUCUGCUGCUGCCAAUGCUGAAGAGCUCCGCCCCCAGUCGCGUGGUCACCGUGUCAUCCAUGGCCCACCGGGGGGGUCGUAUCGACUUUGAUGAUCUAUUCUUCAGCCGAAGGCCGUACAAUUCUCUGGAGAGCUACAGACAGAGCAAACUGGCCAAUGUGCUGUUCUCCAGAGAACUCGCCCAGCGACUCAGAGACUCUGGUGUGUCAUCGUUCUGUCUCCACCCGGGUGUGAUCCGGACCGAACUGGUUCGUCACGUUAAGGCCUGGUUCCCCCUGAUGGGGGCGCUGCUGAGCCUCCCCUCCCUGCUGUUCAUGAAGACGCCCAGUCAGGGCAGUCAGACCACCGUGUUCUGCGCCGUGACGCCGGGCCUGGAGGGAAAAUCUGGACGAUACUUCAGUGACUGUGCAGAGCAGGAAGCUGCUCCGGAGGGGCGGGACGACGCGGUGGCGAGGAAGCUGUGGGAGGAGAGCUCCCGACUGGUCGGACUGAAGGACACAUGCUGACCUCUGACUUCGACCCAGCGGGGAAACAGGAAGUGAAGUAUCCUCAGUCUGCGGCACCCCCAUCAUGUCAGACGGAGGACGGCGACGAGCAUCAGAAAUACACAGCUGACGUGAGCCAAUCAGAGGCAAGAAAUCGCUGUAACGUGAUCAAUAAUCAUCCUCUUUGCGUCAUUACCUGAGGACAUCAAAACAUUUGUGUUGUGUUUUAUCAAAAUAAGUCAUAUUUAAAUCAUUAGUAUGAGACGACAAGAUGUUUUAGUUUAAAUAAACAGCUGAGGAGCAAAUUGAUAUUAUUGUUGUUGUUGAAUGAAAAUAGAAAGUUGAUGUUCUGACCAACAGAGUGGUCGGUCUUCAACAAAGCGCCUGAGAUGCAGUUUCCUCCUCAUGUUCCUUUUCAUGUUCUCUGUGUUCCUGUCAGAUUGAUUCUUUCACAUGUUUCAUGUCCUAAACGUUUCCUCGGGUUUUCUUCAUGUCUCCUGAUGGCUCUGAGCUUUGUCUGCAGACCUGCUGUGUGGUUUAUUAAACAGUUUGUAGCCGCUUUUAAAACCUUUCUCACUUUGACUUUUAUGUUAAGUUCUUAAAACAAAAUGUGAUGUU